CGAGGGUUCCCGGAAGGGCCCGCGAAGUACUUUGCGCAUUGAAGGGAACAAAGUGUGAACCAACGUGGCCUUUCGUGGGCGAGCAUCCGUUCGCAAGCUUUUUUGGCAGGCGUCAUACAACACAGCAGGAGGAGCAGGACGAAGAGGAGAAGGAGGAGGAGGAGGAGGUGGAGGAGGAGGAGGUGGCAGAAGAAGCGGAGGGACAGGACGAUUACAAUGCUGAGGGCGAUUAGACAAGGAUGGCGAGGAUGACGCGCUCCACACUGAUACCGUGCACACAUAGCGGCAGAAGCAACACGACGUCGAUAAAGAAAACAAGGAGGUGGAUGGCGAGGAAGAAGACGCGUUCGACGUCGGCAGUGGUGGUGGCGGCGACGAGGGGCAUAGUGAUCGCUGCAAUCGGGUGACUCUUCUGCGUUCCCACGUUGGGCGGAGGGCGCGCUGGACUCCAGCGUCCGGAGGAAGGCCGCGCGCUUCUGCCUGUCGAAGGGCGAUGUGUGAGUAGGACGGAGGGCGGGGGGGUUCAACAGGAAGGGAAAGACGCAGGAGUGGGGUCACGGAUCAGCAGAGGCGCAUCAUAUUCCUUGCAGACGGGGCGGCGGCAACACGGCGCCGCCGCGAGGCCGCGGUCAGACGGCGGGCGCUGUGCACCACAUCAUUCGAGCGCCCGCCCCUCAGGACAUACAUUCUUAUCCGAAGCGGCUGAGCGUGUGGGCGGCAUCGGCCUGGUAGAAUCCGACCGCAGGACACAGCCAUAUCCGCUCGAGAGCCGACACUGGGGUCGGACGCGGCCAGCUUUCGAAGAGUUCCCAGAAGCCGUCGCACUCGAAAUAAUGCUUGUGGUCCGCAUCUGGGAGGCCACAGAUUUACCUAGCAGGCGUGCCGGGUAAGUUCGUGCAUUCUGCGGGUUGUAAACCAUCCGCGCGUCCAGGUUUGUAAAGUAAGAUUGCGAAGGGGACGAGAUACAGCGCGAAGCCUCGCUACGUCAGCAGCCGCAUCGUCCAGUGUCAAGGUUUCGUCGCUGGUGAAGCACAUCCAGCGCUGCAAAACCUGCGGAGGCCAAUCCAACACCCACAAUUCCUUGAUAAUCGCGGUCUGCACCGCACGCUGCAGGUGCCGCUGCGUUAAGCGACCGACGAAGCCAGUCACGAAACACGGUACCAAGAUGAUCACACCGAGGCCACGACGGAUGCAUAGCAACUGCACGCUCGAAAUUUAACGCAAGAGAUGGAGCUUUCCGUUCACCGACAAUGAAGGAACUCGUCGCCUAGACGACUCCCAAAUGCUGGUCCACAAUUUUCCGUGUAUCGGUGAUGACAACAUGCCGCGCGGAACGCGUGGUAAAAACAAACCAACGGCCACAUUCGUCGAUGUGGUAUACGGCCCAAAGGGGUACAUCUCCACGUGGAAACGGAAUAUCUUCGCAAUGGUGGAAUCCUGCUGGUCGAACAUCGAAUAUGGGGAGCUUGUAGCCCGAGACAGUCUGGGUAUGAGUGUUGUACUCAAGGAUGCUCUGGGUCAUCAGCUCGUGUGCUUCGCCGAACUGGAUCAGGUUGUGCUGGUAUUUGCUGGCAAGCUUUGCCCACUGCUUGGCCCCAACAUUUGACCUAAACAACGUCCAAGAAUACUCGGAAAGACUCUAUGCGCGUAAGCGGCCAGAUCUAAUAUAUGAAGGUUCAUUCAGUCCCGGGUGAGGUCACCACUGCCGGCGUGAAACACGAUCCCGUGGGUGUCAUGGCGGGUUUCUCGAGUUUUUUCGGCAAGGCCCGUAGCGCGCGUCACGAGGACGUACAGCAUGUGGGCAGGAAUCAGGGCGCGGAUGCCCCAUAAAACGAUGUCGACGUCGUCGGCGCACAUCCUGCAGAUACUUUGGACAGAACACCAGCGCGGAAACCUAGUACAAGCGGGUCGGUACCAGGGGCGAAGAAAAUGGAACUGAGCGGGUCCCGUUGUAAGGCCCGAGUAUGUAUACAUAUCAAUGCUGAUAACGGUG